AUGAGAAACCAUACAGUGAUCACAGAGUUUGUUCUCUUGGGCAUCUCAGAUGACCCAAAGCUUCAAGCUAUAAUUUUUAUCUUUCUGUUUAUGGCUUAUGUAUUAAGUGUCACCGGAAACCUAACCAUCAUCAUCCUCACCUUAACAGACUUCCAUCUCAAGACUCCUAUGUAUUACUUUCUGCGGAAUUUCUCCUUCUUAGAAAUUACAUUCACCAGUGUGUCUAUCCCUAGAUUUUUGGGGACAAUCAUUACUAAGGUCAAGACCAUUUCCUAUAACAAUUGUUUAGCUCAACUCUUUUUCUUCAUCUUUAUGGGUGUAUCUGAGUUUUUUCUUCUCACUGCCAUGUCUUUUGAUCGCUAUGUUGCCAUCUGCAAGCCUCUUCACUACACCACCAUCAUGAACAAGAAAUUAUGCACCUUGCUUGUCUUUGGGUCAUGGCUGGGAGGAUUUCUUACCAUUUUCCCACCACUCAUGCUCAUCCUCCAGCUGGAUUUCUGUGCUUCCAAUGUAAUUGAUCAUUUCUCUUGGUAUUUCCCCAUUUUACAACUCUCAUGCUCAGACACAUGGAUAUUAGAGAUGAUUGGCUUUUACUUUGCUUUUGUCACUCUGCUCUUCACUUUGGCAUUAGUGAUUCUUUCCUACAUGUGCAUCCUUAGCACCAUUCUGAGAAUCCCGUCUGCGACUCAGAGGAAAAAGGCUUUCUCUACGUGUUCCUCUCACUUGAUUGUCAUUUCCAUCUCUUAUGGGAGCUGUAUAUUCAUGUAUGUCAAGCCUUCAGCAAACGAAAGAGCAUCACUGACCAAAGGAGUAGCUAUUCUCAACACCUCAAUUGCCCCCAUGUUGAACCCUUUUAUUUAUACCCUGAGGAACCAGCAAGUAAAACAAGCUUUCAAAAAUUUGCUUCAUAAAGUAGUGUUUUCUAGAAACAAAUGA